AUGAUGCUUCCAAAGCUUUUAUUAGCAGCCCUUUGGCUGGGGUUCUCGGCUAGAGGCGCCUUCGUAACAGAAGUUCAUGAGUCUGCCUACUAUGACUAUAUCAUUGUUGGCUCCGGUGCGGGAGGCUCGCCGAUGGCUGCGCGGUUGGCUAGGUAUGGACACAGAGUGUUGCUCAUCGACGCUGGGGACGACCAAACAAAUACGCCCGAGUACCAGAAUCCCGGGUUAAACUUGAAGGCCUCGGAGCAUCCUCCCAUGUCAUGGAACUUUUUCGUACACCACUACUCGGAUGAAAACCAGCAAAUAAAGGACGACAAGAUGAGCUGGGCGAUGCCGUCGGGCCAGAUCUACGUCGGCAGCAACCCUCCCCAGGAUUCCAGACCGAUGGGAGUUCUUUAUCCCCGGACAGGAACUUUUGGAGGCUGCACUGCCCACAACGCCAUGUUGACCGUAUAUCCCCACGAGUCUGAUUGGAACAACAUUGCCGAGAUGACGGGGGACCAAAGCUGGUCGGCGGAGAAUAUGAGAGCCAUCUUUGAGAGGCUUGAGCGAAACCGCUAUCUGCCAUCCAAGCCAGCUGGGCAUGGCUACGAGGGCUGGCUGACCACAACCAUCUUCCCAAUGGCCAUUGCUCUGAAGGAUUCAAAGGUGGGGGCAAUGGUGGCGGCUGCUCUAAACUGGCGGUAUCUAGACGCAAGAGACGUGGCCCGGCUUUCUGAGCGCGAUUUGAACGCAUACACCCCAGACCGUGACAGUUGCGAGGGGAUUUUUCAGAUGCCAAUCUCUGUCACGGAGAAGACGGAACGAUCGGGCCCCGUCGACUCUAUCAAACAAGUUCUAGCCGAUGAGAGGUCGGGCCGUCUAUCAAGAGGUCGGGUGGAUAUCCUCCUCACCACGCUUGUCACACGCAUUAUUUUCGACUCAGAAGACACAUAUUCUGCGACGCCAAAAGCGAUCGGUGUUGAGUAUGUGCGAGGGAAGAGCCUCUACCGCGCCGACCCGCGCGCAUCGUAUUCUCGCGACUUACCACCCAGGCGUAAAAUUCUCGCCAAGCGAGAAGUAAUCAUCUCCGCCGGCGCCUUUAACACGCCUCAGCUGCUGAAAUUAAGCGGCAUCGGCCCUAGAGACGAGCUAGAGAGAUUGAGGAUUCCCGUUGUUGUUGAUCUCCCGGGUGUUGGCACCAACCUGCAGGACCGGUACGAAAACACAGUUGUUACAGGCAGCGCUCAAAACUUUUCUUCUAGAUUUGCUGUUGCGUUCCUAAAGAAAUCUUCGGUAGCAGAGGGAGGUGUUCCCGACCUCUUCAUCACAGGGUCGGUAUCCAACUUCACUGGUUAUUUUCCGGGGUACUCUAAGAUGGCGACAGGGGACCCUUCGAGGUGGUCUUGGAUCGUGCUCAAAGCCUAUACGAGAAAUCACGCUGGAACUGUCAAGCUCCGCUCCCGUGAUCCUCGCGACAUGCCGAUCAUUAACUUUAACUACUUCGAUUCGGGGACGAACAGUGAGGGCGAGGCUGACAAGGACGCCCAGGCCUUGCUAGAGGGGGUUGAAUGGGCUCGGACUGCUUCUCGAAGAGUCAACGACGCCGGUGUUGGCGAAUUCUACGAGGACUGGCCAGGGGAUAGCGUGCAGUCGUCUCGUGAUAUGAGGCGUUUCAUUAAGAAGGAGGCCUGGGGCCACCACGCUUCUUGCACGUGCCCUAUCGGUGCCGACGAGGACCCGAUGGCCGUAUUGGACUCUAGCUUCCGCGUUCGAGGGGUAGAAAGCCUGAGGGUUGUUGACGCAAGCAUCUUCCCUAAGAUUCCAGGAUUCUUCAUCGCACUACCGAUUUAUAUAAUUAGCGAGAAGGCAGCCGAUGUUAUUAACGCCGACUCCCGGGACUGGUACUGA